AUGACCAAACCAAAUGUACUGUUGAUUGAAUCCAGCGUUCAGCAAAUCGACGAAGCUCGUCGCGAAAGCCUAUCAGAGAAAGUGUCGAUCUUGAAGUACGACUGUACAUGCGUUGAAGAGUUUAUCUCGCGCCUACAACCAGGUGGGCUCUACAGCAAUAUCACAGCGAUCGUACGGACUGGAUGGCUCAAAGCUGGCGCGUAUGCCUCUCAUCGACUCUUCGCUACGGAUGUUGUCCCACACUAUCCGCCAAGUCUGAAGCUUAUCUGCUGUAGUGGGCAUGGAUACGAUGCUGCGGAUAUCGGUGCCCUGACAAGCAAAGGGAUAUGGUAUUGCAAUACACCCGAUGCGUGCACUGAAGCCGUAGCCAAUACCGGUCUUGCACUGGUGCUUGAAACAUUCCGCUAUCUGAGCUUUGCACAAUGGUGCGCAAGAUAUGACUGGAACAAAAGUCGGGAGCUGGGUUUGAAAGCCGUGGACCCAGCGGGGAUGAUACUGGGAGUAAUCGGCAUGGGAGAUAUUGGGCUUUCUAUCGCACAGAAGUGCGAGGCAGCUUUGAGGAUGAGAAUUUCCUAUCAUGGUCCUCGAAGGAAAGAGGAUGCCGAAGCUAGACUUAAGAAUGGAGCUCGGUUCUGUGCUGAUCUGGAUGAGAUGAUAACUGAGGUUGACUGUGUUGUCAUUGCUGCACCCUAUACUUCCCAAACACAUCACCUUCUCUCUCGUAAACAAUUCGAAAAUGCCAAGAGCACUGGUCUGCGAGUGGUGAACAUUGCUCGAGGAAAAAUGAUUGAUGAAGACGCUUUGCUUUGGGCACUUGAAAAUAGAAAGGUCGUGGGUGCAGGUCUCGAUGUUCAUGCUAAUGAGCCUGUUGUGAACCAGAAAUUAUGUGAAAACUGGAUGGUUACUCUUUUGCCUCAUAUUGCCGUUUGUUCGAGGACUAGCUGGUCCAAUUUUGAGAAACAGACCCUGGAUAAUCUGGAAGCUUUUAUUUCAACAGGGAAACCACUUAAUUCUGUCAAUUUCAUUUCAAACUAG